AAACGGAAGCUGCAGAAGCAAUAAUGUCAUAUGUUUUGUGUUUAAGGUUCAAGGAUUUGGUCUAUGCGUUGUUGACCAUGGUGGGUCGUUUCUUGCUUCUUUUCUUGUCGAUAAUCCCUUUAGUUCACUCACUAUCCUUCAACUUCGAUCGGUUCACCGCCGCCAGUGCCCAGAAUCUUACGUUUGACAGAACCGCCGUGGUGAACAGCUCCAUCCAGUUAACGUCGGACCAACUAGCGAGCAUCGGCAGGGCGACAUACGGCGAGCCGCUGCAUCUCUGGGACAAGGCCACAGGGAAUCUCACGGCGUUCAACACCCACUUCGCCUUCGUCAUAGAUUCCAAAGGCAGCAAACGCUACGGCGAUGGUUUUGCGUUCUUCCUGGCGCCGGUUGGUUCCCGGAUUCCUCCCAACGCCACCAAAGGUGGCGGCUUUGGCCUUGCCAAUGACGACGACCGGUUGAAUUCCAGUAGAAAUACAUUUGUUGCUGUGGAGUUUGAUAUCUACAUGAAUGAGGAGUACGAUACUCAGUCGAAGCAGGUCGGGAUUGAUGUGGAUUCUCUGCAGUCUGCUGUUACUCAGACAUGGUUUCCAGACAUUGAGGGUGGGGAGCCAAAUCAGGCCUGGAUUAACUAUGAUCCUAGGUCGAUGAAUUUAAGUGUUGUGUUCAGUACUUUAGUAAACAACACAAGUACAUUCGAUCAGUUGUCAUAUGUUGUUGAUCUAAGAAAGUUCUUGCCAGAACGUGUGACUUUCGGGUUUGCUGCUGCAACAGGGAACAGAUCAGCUUUGCAGAAGAUUACUUCAUGGAAUUUCACUUCAACCUUUAAUGUUAGUCAAAUCCAGGCAAACCCAGAGAGAAAAUCAGCUAGGAAGGGUAGCCAACCAGUGGGGAUUGUAAUUGGUGUGGUGGUGGGAGGGUGUUUUCUGAUUGGAGGUUCUGGGGUGCUUCUAUUUGUGGUGUGGAGAAGGAGCAAGAUGAGGGAGAAGUUUGAAGAUGAGAUCUUUGGUAAUUACAAUGAUGAACUUGGAGGGGGGGCCGGGCCGAAAAAGUUUACAUACAGAGAGUUGGCUAGAGCUACAAACAACUUUUCGAAACAAGAUAAGCUUGGAGAAGGAGGAUUCGGGAGCGUUUAUAAGGGCCACUUGAAGGAACUCGAUUCGUAUGUUGCUGUGAAGAGAGUGUCAAAGGGAUCCAAACAAGGAAUCAAGGAAUAUGCAUCAGAAGUGAAGAUAAUCAGCCGUAUAAGGCAUAGGAAUCUGGUGCACCUUAUUGGUUGGUGCCAUGAAAACAAAGAUUUUCUACUUGUGUAUGAGUUCUUGUCCAAUGGCAGCUUAGACUCCCAUCUUUACAAAGGCCAAAGCCUGUUAACAUGGCCACUAAGGUACAAGAUUGUUCAAGAUUUAGCCUCUGCGUUACUCUAUCUGCACGAAGAAUGCGAAAAAUGUAUUGUCCACAGGGACAUAAAGUCUAGCAACAUCAUGUUGGAUUCAAACUUAAAUGCUAAACUUGGAGAUUUUGGAUUAGCGAGACUAGUUGAUCAUGAAAAGGGAUCGCGCACAACUGCACUGGCAGGAACCAUGGGCUACAUAGCCCUCGAAUGCGUCGUCUCAGGGAAAGCUAGCAAGGAAACAGACAUGUACAGCUUUGGCAUUGUGACAUUGGAGAUAGCCUGUGGGAGAAAACCAAUUGAUCCCACAGCUGAAGAAAGCCGAGUUAACAUUGUUGAAUGGGUGUGGAAACUGUAUGGAACUGGACAACUUCUUGAUGCUGUUGAUCCAAAUCUUUCGGGCGAUUUCACUAGAAGAGAAGUGGAACAGAUGAUGAUUGUCGGGUUAUGGUGUGCUCAUCCCGAUUGUAGUCUCAGGCCAAGUAUUAGGCAAGCCAUUCAAGUGCUCAACUUUGAAGCUCCUUUGCCUGAUCUCCCAGAAACCAUGCCAAUAGCAACAUUUAGGCCCCAACCAAAAGUUGCAUAUUCUCCAUCUUCAUCAUACUAUGGCUCUGAUGUUUCUCACACUAGCCAAACACAAUCUUCAAUCCACAGUGGCAACACUGAAAUCUCAUGUUCUUCUGCAGUAUAAUUAAUCUGAAAUUUUGUAUAUUUCUUUUCUGCUACACCAAGUUUCUUCAGUUUGACUGCAAACUUCUUCUAGUUACAUGGCAGUUUCCCUUUUUCAUUUUGCAGCAGAAAAACUCAAAAUUUUCUCC